GAUCCCAGGAUCACCUGAAACCGGGAGGAAAGCUCUUACCAACUGAGUUAUCCCUCAUUCACUAGUUACAUUAUGCUUGUGUGGUUGUGCGGCUUGUGCCCAUGAGUUUUAUUUUACUUAGUUAAAUUUCCAAAAACAAAAUGGAUAAAUAAAAAAAAUAAGUUACAUUUAGUAACACAUAAUAGUACCCUACAACAAGAUAGAGAUGUUGACCUAUCAAAUGAGUCAAAGGGCCCUAUUUAAUUUAGCAACAAUAAUAAAAAAUGAGUAAAUACGUAGUAAUAAUGUUUCAAAAAAACAAAAAAUGAGUAAAUAAUAAUAGUGCGUUGGAAUAAUAGGAGUAGAAAAAGAAGGAAAAAAAAAAAAAAAAAAACACCUCGAAUUCCUCUUUCUUCUGUUCACUCCCAUGUUCCUUUUUUCUCUGUCCUCUGUCUUUCCUCACUCUCACUCUUGCUGAGAAGCAUAGUUGAUGACAAGAACAAUUGCAAUAUCCAGAAAAAAAAAGGAUGUUCUAUGUCAGUUUAAUUUGUAUUCUGAUGAUUUUUGAUGGUGGAAAUUGAAUAAUUGAUCAGUAAUUUUGGGUAGUGUUUUUUUUUUUUUUUUUUGGUUGGGGGGGGGGGGGGAGGGAAGGGGGGAAGUUGGUGGCGGUGACGGCGGCGAAGGCGGUGGUGGUUUGAGUUAUGGAAAAUGGUUGGCAGAUGAAAUGUGGUAUGCAAUCACCAAGUCCGGGUUUGGGUUCGAGUUUGAGGGUUGCUUCUUCUUCUGAGCAAAUUCAGCUCCAGCAGGAAGCUAGGAAUCAGUUGAAUACAAACAUGAGCCACUGUAUUCUUCCCCGUGAUAUGCGAGAACAAGGACCACUGUCUUCUCAAAUGAAACAGGCACCCACAUCCAAUAUAUUGAAUUUUGGUUCAUGCAAGCCAACCCAACUUGAAACCGGAAGUUCAUUUUGCUCUCUGUUAUCACCCCCACCUUCUCUCUUGCAAUAUGAUUUACAGCGACAGUCAAAUGUGCAUUCUUCCAGUGGAGGCUGUAUUCUAGAUACUCCCGCUCAGGGAAAUAUUGGUACAAUGAAAAAUUGGCAAUUGUUGCAGAAUAGCGCAAACUAUAAUGCAAGAGCUGUAGUAGAUAUACACCCUAUUUUUCCCUCGAGGUCUAUUAUGAAUGCAAAUAAUGGUAGUAGUCAUGGCCUAAGUGAAGACCUUAGUGCCCUGAGGGCAUCCAUCACUCAUCCUGGCUCUCAGACUGAAAAUGGGAGUAAUAUUUUGCAAAAAGGGGUAACUUGUGCUCCUUUAAGCAGCAAUAAUUUUCCAGAUGCAUCUUUGCAAGCUUCAACUUCUGUCCAUAAGAAACAAAAUUCAGUUGUGAGUGGGUAUCCUCGUGUCUUCUGCAUGGGUGCAUGUGGAGAUCUACUUCUCAGCAACACAGGUCUUUUUGGAGUUCUAUGCUCAUGCCAUGGUAUGCGAAUGUCAGUGUCUAAAUUUUGCGAGCAUUCAGGUUUAUCUGAUGUUAAUCCUGGGUAUGCUGUUCGCAUGGAUAGCGGUGAUAGCAUUGCUCAAUGGCGUAAAAUGUACCUCCAGAAGUUCGGGAUUAGGGCUCCAGGGGAUCAUAGAGGAUGGGACUGGCCGGAAGGAUUGUUAGCAACUUCUGGCUUGGCAAAUAGCAGCAUGACUGUUGCUGACGAGAGGAAGGUUUUUGACAUGUCUAGUCUGUUUAAUUCAUCUGCAGAGUCUUCAAUGCAGCCUCGGAAUAAUGUUUCCCCUAGUAGACCUCGAGCAAUCCAGGAUUUUCCUAAUCAAAUAUUUAAAAAUGCCCAAAUAGCUUGCACUUCAAGAAAUUUAAGGCCGACAUUGCUGAGUGAUAAAGAUGGACCAGGGGAUGGUUGUCUCUCAAGGUCCUUCCACUUUACCUCCUCUUGUGAGAAUUCGUCUAGUUCUGCUUUUCUGAACUUGCAGAGCGUUGGCUCCAAAGCCAACAAUAAUUCAAAGGAUGAAGUUGUUCGCCAGAGAGGUCCUAUUUCUUCUAGUGUUGAGUUGAAGCUUGGGCAGCCAUCUCAGCUGAGUUGGGGUUCAGGAACUGUUUCUCUACCAGCUAUGAGACAUCACACUGGUGGAGUCCAGAUAACUACUGCCCAGGAGAUGCUGAAUCAAAACUUGACAAAUGCAAAGGUCUCUGAGAAAAAGCAGCAGCAAAUUUUUCACCAUUCUGCCCCUGAUUCCUGCAGAGAAAAAAGAACAUUUGUGUCAGGUCCUCUGAAUAAUGCUCUAACUUCAUUCGUGGCAGGCCCUCUUAAUAAUGCACUGAUUUCUACAAAUGGUGCUGCUCAUGCGGAACACUUAAAAGAUGGGCUGCAUAUUAAUUUUACAAAUUCAGUGAAAGUCCCCCCUUCUAAUUCUACAGCUGGAGGGAAUUUGUAUCCUAAGGAAAUCAAUAGAAGGAUGAAACACUGCCAUCCUCUCAGUCCUUGGACAGUUCAUUACCAACCUCACGUAGACAGGUCUGUAUUGAUAGACUUUUCAUGUAAUGGAGACCCACCAAUCAGGCCUUUAGACAUCAAUAAAACAGCUUUACCAAAUAAGAUGAGCAAAACCAUGGAUGCUACAUGUGGGAAUGAAGGAUCCAAUGUUGGGAGUGGAUCAAGCUCUUGGCAUUAUGCUAAGCCAAUGGAAAGCUCAGGUUUUGCUAGAAAUGGGGAACCUUGUAAUCCUAAUAGUACUGUAUUGCCUGCUGCAAAGUUUAGCAUGUAUGGGAUGGCGAAGAUGUCGUCAGAUGUCUCUGGAGCUUCAAACUACGUUAGAAAUGCGUGUAACCUGGCAAGCAAUCUUGACCGAGAUCAAUUCUCCAAUAAACUGAAAAAUCCAUCUUUGAAUUCUAGAACAAGUUCAACCUUGCACGCAACUUCUACUGAUUUCACCCCACUGUCCGCGGCGGCUACAGGUCAUGGUUCUUUUAGUAAAGAUUUUGAAGCUGUAAACUCACAUACAAGAAUUGAGAGCUUGAAGCUUCAUGCUUUAGGGAAUAUAGACAAAUCAUCUAAGGAAAGGCCACCGGAUGCUUCCCUUGCACUUGAUCAGCAACCAAAGAUCCAUUCCAACCACUUACAACAAAUUGAGAACUGUGGCAUUCUUGAUUUGAGAGCACAGGGCUUAUUUAUUGAUCAAGGGUCGUUUGAAGCACAAAGACAUGGGCGUCAAUCUUCUGUUGGACAUAUUACCUCACCAUCCCUCCUGCCUGAUGUCGGUCAUAAUAAAGGUACAAAUUCGGGUGCUAAUUCUGAAGAGAUGACAAUAUUUUCUAAGUUAACUGGCAAGUAUAAUGAAAAUACUAGUAAUCAACAGCCAACGCAACAGUCUGAACUGAGUGUUGGAAGACAAGAAAACAUGGAAUGUGACUGUAACGUGGUGCAAGGAUGUACUCGAGAAUCAUCUUCUCAUAUUUCAUCCAGGUGCUAUUACAAUGUUCAGAAAGUAUGCUCAAAGAGAAAGCAGGAAUCCAAAGGUAGUGGCUCUAUGUAUGGUUUAAAGAAGCAAGAAAGCAUUGCAAUUGUUGAAACCCCUACAUAUAGUACUUCAAAAAUUUCUGAUGACUGCGUGUCUAAUGAAAAAGCGUUCCGAAUAGAGUGCAAUCAUAAGGAAAAGGAACAUAAUGUCAAACUAGAUUGUGGAAAUUCUCAGUGGACAGAUGUUCCUCCCAAUGCAAAUGCAAAUUCGAAAAUGAGAUUUCCGGAUGCAACAGCGCAUAUGUUGGACUCUAGGAAAGAAUCUGAAACUUACUUGGAAGAGCUUGCCGCUAAAGAUAUUUUCAAAUCGAACCAGGCAGCUGAGUUGAAAAGGAAAGAAUUAUUGGACAUUUCUUCUGAUUGUUCUGCACCAGUUGUUACUCAAGCAUCUAAUGAGGUCGACAGGAUUGAUUCUGGUACUGUUGAUGGCGGUCAUAAAGUAUGUGACAAUGGCCAAAUAGCAGAUCAAGGAUCAUCUGCCGUUUCCAUAAGUUCAUCUGAUGAAGCAAUUGAUAGUGUUAGAAAUUUACAAGUUUCUGAUGGUAACACUAGAUCUACUGAAGAAAAAUCUUUGUCAGUGUUGGAAAAUGUAGUUCAUCAUAAAGAAAUUUAUGAAUUUAGGCAAACAUAUUCAAAUUCAAAUGAAUUGCAAAGUUUUACAGUGUCUGGAGGUAGUUCUGAUGAAAAUCCGAAUAAGACUCAAAAUGAGAAUGGAUUUAAGUGUAAAAAGAGAAAGCGUACCAAUAAAUGGAAGAUGCUAGGAACAACAUUCACCUUCUCAAGUCAGUCUAAUCAAAAUACAUCUACAAUGCUUAAUGUUAGUUCAAGCUAUAAUUGUCUCAAGCAGGGAAGGUCUGCCUUGUUUGCAGCCAAAAUGCUUUCUCGUAAAAGAGAUUGUAAUGGGAUAUAUAACAUUGUGGAGGGUGAGACCAGUGAUCAGGAACCAUUGAAGGGAAAUGACGACUCCGUUGAUAUGCCAGAAAAUGCUCUUGUCAAAAAGAUAAAACAAGUCAGGCCUCCUGAAGUUGUCAAGGCUACCGAAGCUGUAAAAAGAUAUGCUUUGCACAAACCAAGUUCUGAUAGAACUUGGAAGAACAGUGCGAAGGACUGCCAAAAGAUGAAGCCUGUUGCUUGUGGAAAGUAUGGUAUUAUAUGUGAUCAGGAACUAGAUAUUGACCAAUUAAAGCCACCAAAGAUUGUUCCUCUGAGCCAGGUUCUAAAAGCUUCCAAAAGACAUGCUAAGUUUGAGAAAGAACCGGUGGUGCCUUCAAUAAAAAAGAAGAAGAAUAUCUGCUGCUAUGUUGGUAGAGAACGCCAUAAUGUACCAUCUAGUUCCUAUCAAGGCCAAGAUAGCAGAAACAAUAAGGUUUGGUCAGAUGCUUCUAAUCAGGAGACUCAGAAAAUGCACCUGCAAAAUACACAACCUGAUAAUGCUGAUGCGCCGGAAGGAGGUGAAAUUAAUCUAAAUACUUCAACCUCUCACCCAGCUUCUGCAUCAAAGACCAAGGAACUCCGUAUGCGCAGCCUCUAUGAGUUAUCUAUGAGAGGUAACAAACUCAUAGCUGCAGAUAUCAGUCGUUCCCAGAAUGUAAUGAGUGCACAACCAACAGUAUGUGGAUUGAAAAUGAUCACACUGAAAGAUGCUGAAAGAUGUGAUGGUGGUAAAAGUAGAGAUACUGGUAGAAGAUCCUGUAGAAAACUGCACAGUAGUUCUCUGAUGUCAGAAGUGAAUAAAUUAUGCUGUGUGUGUGGAAUCUCAAACAAAGACAAUGCUAACUGUUUGUUGGAGUGUGGACAUUGCUCAAUCCAAGUCCAUCAAGCUUGCUAUGGGAUUUCAAGAGUGCCAAAAGGGGAUUGGUAUUGCAGACCAUGCAAAACUAGCUCUAAGGAUGUUGCUUGUGUCCUAUGUGGUUAUGGUGAUGGGGCCAUGACUCGUGCAUUUGGCAGCCGCAAUGUGGUGAAAAGUCUUUUGAAAGCAUGGGAUAUUCGAACAGAACCUCAUAUUAUGAGUGUUGGUUCAGCUGAAGCCUUGUAUGUUCCAGCAAAAAUGGAGUGCCGGAAAAAUUUGGAAAGUGCAACAUGCCAUCCCUGUCCUUCCAUAAAACCAGUAGUGCAUAACAGCAUAAUAUCAGGAUUGUUUGAUCCAACUGUCAAGCAGUGGGUCCAUAUGGUGUGUGGAUUAUGGACUCCAGGAACAAGAUGUCCUAAUGUGGAUACCAUGAGUGCCUUUGAUAUUUCAGGUGUUUCCAACCUUAAAGAAUACAUGGUAUGCUAUAUAUGCAAGCGCGUUGGUGGUUCGUGCAUACGAUGUUAUGUUGAGACAUGUUGUACUUACUUUCAUCCAUGGUGUGCUCAUCAGAAGGGUCUGCUGCAAAGUGAGGUAGAAGGAGUUGACAGGGAUCAGAUUGGUUUCUAUGGAAGAUGCUUGUUUCAUGCUGAUUCCAGAACUUGUCAUUUAGAGAAUGAUAAUGAUACUAACAAGGACAAUUCUGAAACUGGUCAAGAAGAAGAGCCAACUUGUGCCAGAACAGAGGGAUAUAAAGGGAAAAUCCAGGGAGAUGGAGGGCAUUAUUCUUCCUAUCAGCGUAGGGGUAAAGGUGGGUGCCUUGUCACUCAGGUGCAAGUAGACGCUUGGCUUUACAUCAAUAGACACAAGCUGAGCAGGAAUAAGCUGCCUAAACCUUCAGUUUCAGAUAUAGACCAUGAUUAUCGGAAAGAAUAUGCUCGAUACAAACAAGCAAAGGGCUGGAAACAUUUGGUAGUGUAUAAAUCCGGUAUCCAUGCUCUUGGUCUGUACACGUCACAGUUUUUUCAACGUGGUGCUAUGGUUGUUGAAUAUGUUGGUGAGAUAGUGGGGCACCGUGUUGCUGAUAAACGAGAGACCGAGUAUCUGUCAGGAAGAAAGCUUCAGUAUAAGAGUGCAUGUUACUUUUUUAGAAUAGACAAGGAACAGAUUAUUGAUGCUACCUGCAAAGGUGGGAUAGCUCGGUUUGUCAACCAUUCAUGCCAGCCAAACUGUGUUGCCAAAGUGUUGACUGUCAGGGGCGAAAAGAAGGUUGUGUUUUUGGCUCAAAGAGAUAUUUAUCCUGGGGAGGAAAUCACUUACGAUUAUCAUUUCAAUCGUGAGGAUGAAGGUAAGAAAAUUCCCUGCUUUUGCAAUUCGAAAAACUGCAGGCGUUAUUUGAACUAGACAAAGCCGUAAAUUCAAUGGGCAACAAUGUAUUUUUCCAGUUAUCAAAAUGUUGUCUGUUGUACGAAUUGCAAUUUCAAUAUCUUGAUGUAAUUACAAGGGUGAUGACGCCUUGUGUUAAUAUGGUUGUAAAUUUACAUGUAUACUAGUUAAUGUUAUCGCCAAUCUGACAUCUGAGUUGGGACAGUGUUCUAAUGAGACUUUGGCAUACUUGAUAACAUCCAAGGAAUUCAAAAGUCAAAGUCCUGAAACAGAUCAACCCAGGAAGAACUAGAUUGGAGUUCUGAUCUAUAUUGCUUGGAUAGGUCUACCCAAGCAUUGGUCAGUAGAAUCAGUUGAACCAGAAGAUCCUGAAUCUAAGCCAGGUUCUGUGAGCUGUGCACUCUGGCCUUUCUCUUAGCUGUUCAUUGUGCCUGUGGAUUCUUGAUCUUAUUUCCACUGUUUUGGAGCCAAAACUUCUAGCAAUGGUUGAUAUUUCUUUACAUAGGUCAUGCUGAGAAGGGCUUUCAACAGAAUUAUCAUAGUGGAAGACUUACUAGGAUCUUAUUUCAUUUUUGAUGCUCCGAUAAAUCGUAACUAAGCUAUGAUCACUGUUUGGCUGCAAUGUCUAUAGAAGAAAAGAGAACUCUAGUGCAUUCAAAGGAGUUUUCAUUCAACUCAAUUAAGGAUUUUCUUUGUUUUUGACAACAUAA